AUGGUCCUCGUCCUUGGCCUCAUCUUUUUGCUCUGGAAGUUCGACUGGACAUCAGAGCAAUAUCACAACGCUGGGGCAGUUGCGAAAAAAGCUAGCGCCAAAGAUCCGCGCAUAGCGAUUAUCACCUUCAUCACGAGCCAGAAGUCGUAUAUUCAUCUCUCAUUGAAGAAUAAAUCACGAUAUGCCCAGCGAUAUGGAUACGACUUAAUUGUCGACUAUGAAUCGCAUGCCGAGCGUGGUACCACGUGGCUGAAAUUCGACAUGGUCGAACGCCUCAUCAAGGAAAAGCAGCACGAUUGGAUCUGGUGGAUGGACUUUGAUACGCUGAUUACGAAUACGGAUAUCAAAGUCGUGGACAUCAUUAGAGACAGCUUGGCGAACGUAACGACGCCUGCUGAUGUUGAUUUCUUACUCACGGAUGAUUGUAAUGGCCUCAAUGACGGUUCGUUCAUCGUCCGUUCGUCACCGCGCUCUAUCGACUUCCUCAACCGCGUACGCAAGCUCCAUGACGUAGAAGAUAAGAAAGGCAACGGCCUCAACGACCAAGAAUCGAUGAGAGAUCUCCUGAAGACCAACGACCCCUUCGUGAAGCAUGCAGUCACGAUUCCGCAGUGGAAGAUCAACGCAUUUCCGGAGGAAAUCCAUUGUUUUGAUAAGUCUGAGCAAGCUUGGGAAAGAGGAACGUUCGUUGUUCAUUUUGCGGGCGCUUGGGCGCAUGUUGAAGGAGAUGAUCCCACGGGGUAUUUGAUGGAGAAGUAUGAGAAGGAGAUUAUGUGGGGGCCAGAUCCGGGUGCGGAGGUACUUGGAAAAGAGGGGUAA